GUUGUGCGUCUUUCAGGCGACGCUGCCAGCGUGACGUAUAAUCUAGUGGACGGUUCUUCAGAAACAGCUCGUCAACCACCUCCGUAGCCUGCUAGACGACUUAGCCGAAAGAUUCAAGCUAUUUAUACGCUUUCGGUGUAUAUUUCCUGCUGUGUUUUAGACACAUUUCUAUUGUAUCUACUUGUAAACCUGUUUAAUAUAAUAUUACGUUAUUUUGUAUUAGUCAGCUAUAGUAGCUGGCUGGUUAAGUUAACCCUAGCCUAGUCGCUAAUGAUAGCUAGCUAGCUAACAUCCCCGAACAUGAGCUCCCUAAAUUACUCCCCUCCUGUUAAAGAAGAGGAGGUCUGUUGGACGGAGGAAGAAGCUCUGGCGCUGAACAUUGUCGUGAAAGAGGAGAAGAAAGAGGAGGAUGUCACAGUAAAACAAGAAGUAGAGGGUGAGACUGUGAAAGAAGAAGCGAAAGGCGUUUCAGUGAAAGAAGAGGACGACCCGUUCAGAGUGAAAGACGAGGAGGAUGUUACAAUAAAAGAAGAGGAGGAAGAUAAAGAGGAGGAUGUAGUUUUUGGAGUGAAGGAAGGGGAGAUUACUGUCACAUUGAAAGAUGAAGAGGAGGAGAAAGGAGAUCUAAUUAACACCAGAGAGAGAGGUGACUAUCGUGGAUCCUCUGGGGAGCCUCAACAACCUCAUGAUGCUGACGAGGCAGAGAAGAGUCUCUGCAGAUCAGGACACCCCAAGAAAAACCAGCAGAGACCCAAAGGAAAGAAAACUCACCGCUGCUCUGACUGUGGGAAGAGUUUUGUUUUCUCAGGACAAUUAAAAUCACACCAGAGAACACACACAGGAGAGAAAUCAUAUAGCUGUGAUCAAUGUGGGAAGAGUUUUACUACAUUUAACAAUCUGAUGAUACACCAGAGAACACACACAGGAGAGAAACCUUAUAGCUGUGAUCAAUGUGGGAAUAGUUUUGUUUCAUCUGGCCUUCUGACUGUACAUCAGAGAAUACAUACAGGAGAGAAACCAUAUAGCUGUACUCAAUGUGGGAAAAGUUUUACUCAGCUAAGCAACCUGAUUUCACACCAAAGAAUACACACAGGAGAGAAACCUUAUAGAUGUACUCAAUGUGGGAAGAGUUUUACUCAGUCAACCAGCCUGAUAUCACACCAGAGAACACACACAGGAGAGAAACCUUAUAGCUGCGAUGAAUGUGGAAAGAGUUUUGCUACAUCUAGCAAUCUGACACUACACCAGAGAACACACACAGGAGAGAAACCUUUUAGCUGUGAUGAAUGUGGGAAGAGUUUUACUACAUCUAGCAAACUGACUCUACACUACAGAACACACACAGGAGAGAAACCUUUUAGCUGUUCUCAAUGUGACAAGAGAUACUAUGAUAAAUGUUCUCUGAUUACACAUCAGAAAAUACAUGCAUGAAGGCGUUGUUUCAUGAUAUCAAUGAACAACAUGAUAUGGAUAUUAGCCUCAGGGGGAAAAUCCAGGCUCUGAAUUGAAAGAGUACUAUUUAUAUGAUUUAACAAAAAGUGAGUAACAAACAAGUGCUGUCUUACACCUACCUAUACACAUGGAUGCAGUAUAAUAAAUUGGUCUGUAAUCAAUUUUAUUCGCAUUCUUACAUCACUCCAGUAUUUUUUUGUGACUUUCAAACAUCCCACUGUCGAAGAUGCAUGUCUCAAAUCACCUCAUAUUUCAAACAUUCAGCCUGACAAAAGAUACAUGUUUUAUUAUUCCAUGCCUCACAAUUAAAUUAAUUAUUGCCAAUACAUAUUAACAAAGGGACAUUUGGUUUUCAUAUUUACAUUUAGUAAUAAAAAUUCAUUUAUGCAACCAACUGACAAUUUUUGAGUACAAUUAUAUUGACAUUGUUAUCCUGCUUUUAGAAUAUCAUUGUUCAUUCUCAGAUGUGCCAAACCAAAUGUACUAGAGCAUGACAUUGGGGACUGGGCCCCGAUCCAACAACAUGCCUAUCUAGUGAGCCCUGAAAAGAGAGAGAAGCUCUGCAGUGAGGUGGAAAGUUACUACGGAUAUUGCAGGAGUUUCCUCUUGAAAUCAGACAUGUCCGUGGUAAGGACAACUUGGUUGUUGAUUGUCUUCAGGGGGGUGUAGUCAAAAAGUUUUGUGUUUAGCCAGUGUGUUGCCAUGGAUCAAAAUUGAUUUUGACUGCAUGUUUUUCGUAUUGGAGAUGAGUUUUGUUUCAGCUCGUUCCAAGGGAAAAAAAUAUAUAUUUAGUAAUGUGUUUUUUCUUGUUUUUAAUUGUUGACAGCCAGUAGACACCAUGUUUAUAUUGUAGAAGGUGAAGCAUUGUAGUUCAUUUUAAUUUGAAUUGGAAGUUGUUUUCUGUUGGUGGUGAGUAAACUUGUCCAACAAAAGUAUAGGAUAUAUUUGUUGUCUUAAGGGAGAAGUUGUUACAGGCUUUGGUUUUUCCAUUUAUGUUUUGAGGUUGGACUUUAGCACAUAUAGCUCGUUAGCACUGUGAGGGAAUUUUCUGUUAAACCUUACUAAUGCAUGUGUAGCAAAAUAUAAUUAUUUAAGCCGAGGCAUUGGGCUUGAGAUAGGUUCUUUACCAAACUCUUAUAAUAUGGAAAAGUGUGUUGAUAGAGGCCUGUUCUAACUGUUCUGGGUGUGUAGAAUGAACCCAUGAUGUUCAGACACUCAGCCAAGAAUAUGACAGAAACUGACUGGUUCCUCUUGAUCCUCCACAGAGUAAAGUUUAUAUCCUGCACACCAGUAACAGAGCUAUUGUUUUGGAGCCUGUUCCUGGGGAAAGAUUGUGGUGGAGAAAUCAUAAUUAGCUAAGUAACAUAGUUAAUUAAGAUGUCUAUCUGCAGAAUAUGCUGAUACGAACUAUUGACCUCUUGCUAUUAGAAUGUCUCCUUUCUGACUCUGGUGUUGGCAGCCACACUCAAGUCACCUUGGGUCCAAAGAGGGUAGAAGUCAGGGUUAUCCAUCACAUGUCCCUGUUGCUAUGCAGAAUAUCAGCAUCGAUCACAUGUCCCUGUUGCUAGGCAGAAUAUCAGCAUCGAUCACAUGUCCCUGUUACUAGGCAUGUUACUAGGCAGAAUAUCAGCAUCUUUCACAUGUCCCUGUUGCUAUGCAGAAUAUCAGCAUCGAUCACAUGUCCCUGUUGCUAGGCAGAAUAUCAGUAUCUAUCACAUAUCCCUGUUGCUAGGCAGAAUAUCAGCAGGGAGGAAGGCAAAAGAGAUCAGAAGGAAACAUUGUUUCCAUAUGUGAACUGUGUGUUUAUUGCAAAACAUGUGAAGGGAUGGCAUGAGUAAUGGGGAACCAAUCACUUGUCUCCACAGUGUAUGUGCGUCAGUCACCUCCUCCUAGGGGGAGAUUGUAUUUGGGGCCCAAGGCCUGGCACAGGAUGUGUGGGGUUGGUGUUUGGAACCAUUGUACGUCAUCUCUGAAGUUGCACCUAUCCUGAUAUAGUAUACAACCCAGAAGCAAGCCUCCUUGUUAUUGACUAUGAGUAGAAUUUCCACCACAGCAACUAGGGCGAACCGAUUGGUAUCACCUCAUUAGUCAGAUUGUGUUGGCUUGUCCAUCUUAGGGUUGGAUGUUGCAUCCAAUUGUUAAUAUUGUAAUCAAUGACAUUUCCUUAGGGUGCUCAUUAGUCUUUCAGUUGUUAUUCUUCUGUUUUUUAUCCUCUUAUAUUGUGUAGUAAAUAUGUCUGUUUAUUUUCAUUGUUUUUAUAAAUUUUUUCCUGUGAAGUCAUUGUGUUGCCUCCAUGUCUGAAAUGUGGUGUAUAAAUAAAGCUUGAUUUGAUUUGAA